UUAAUCAUACGUCAAAAAAAAAAUUAAAUGGCGGUCGAUUAGUGUUUACAAACAUUCAAUAAUUUUUUUCAAAAUCGCACAAAAAUGGGUUGUUGCGACGCCGAAAAGGAGAAUAUCGAACAACAAACGACCGUCCGAUCGUGUACUGACGUUUUCUGGUUGUUACUGUACGUGGUUUUCUGGUUUUUCAUGGUAUUAAUAGCGGCUUUUUCAUUUGUGUACGGCAACCCAAUAAGAAUAAUAAAUGGAUACGAUUCAUUUGGGAAUACUUGUGGGUCAAAAAAUAAACCGAUUGGAAAUCUGGAGUUAUCAGGCCAAGACACAACAAAUAAACCGUUUCUUUUAUUCUACGAUGUACAUGAAUUAAAAACGUCUUUAAAAGUGUGCGUGGAAGAGUGUCCUAGAAAAAAAUUGGAAAAAUUGGAUGAUAUUUAUCAGUAUAAUAAAAAUACUCGAGUUGAGUUGUGUAAAUAUAAUUUUCAAUAUGAGGAUAUUAAAAAUAAUACUGUUAAGCAUAAAGAAUCUAUUUUGAGUGGGUCUUUAGGACCAUGUCCAUCUUUACCUAUUUACGAAAGUAUUUCCGUUUUAAACCGUUGCGUGCCGAAGUUUGUAAAUGACGUAUCAGAAGUAGUUUUAAGCAAUUUUUAUGAUCUUUUAAAUAAUUGGGAUACUCUGGAACAAAUUUUGGGUGAUCUCUAUAUCACAUGGAGGGAAAUCCUUUGUUUAACAUUUUUAGCACUUGUAAUUUCAUUAGCGACGAUUUGUAUAUUGCAUAUUUUAGCGCACAUUGUUUCCUAUGUAAUAAUGAUUUUAGUUAGUGUAGCUAGUGUAGCGGGAACUAGUUUUUUAUGGUAUACUUACAUUGAAAUUAAGUAUGACUUGAAUAAUAAAAUGGAAAAUGAUAAAGAUAAGAUUUUAUUAGAAUCUAUUAGAAAUGGCACUGCUUUUUUCUGGUAUUCCAUAAUAGCAACAAUAAUCACCGUUAUACUUUUAAUUUUAAUCAUUUUCAUGAGGAAAAAAGUCGACUUUUUAGCUGAACUUUUUAAAGACACUUCAAAAUGUUUAUUGAGCAUCCCCGCCUUAUUUCUUCAACCUUUAAUAACUUUUGUGAUUUUGCUCGGAUUUUUCGCUUUCUGGGUUUUUGUGAUUCUUUGUCUUGCAACUUCAUAUUAUCCAGGUGUUAAUGGAAUUCCAACGAAAUUUAUGCCAGGACCAAAUGUUUCUACAAGUGAAUUAGCUACUGAAACUAGUAUUCCAAGAGAUAUACCUGCAGAAACAAGCAAAUUAACAAUUAUUGAAUAUAUCGAUCCAAUUUGGGUGAAAUAUAUGUGGUGGGUGUAUUUUGUAGGUUUAAUAUGGACGUCAGAGUUUAUUAUGGGGUGUCAAUCGAUGGUGAUUGCUGGUUCUGUGGCUCAUUGGUUCUAUAGACAUAAAUAUAGGGACAACUCGCAUGUUUUGUACGCAAUAUCAAAGUUAAUUAAGUACCAUUUAGGUUCUGUGGCUUUGGGUUCUUUGUUAAUUACAAUCGUUAAAAUACCCAGGUUAAUUUUAAUGUAUCUCCAUGAAAAGUUAAAACGUAAUAAAGAUAAAGGAAGUGAAUGUGCUUCUUGUGGAUUAAAAUGUUGUAUAUGUUGCUUUUAUUGUUUGGAAAAUUUUUUAAGAUAUUUAAAUCAAAAUGCUUAUACUGUUAUUGCUAUUGAUGGGGCUAAUUUUUGUGCAGCUGCUAAAACGGCUUUUGAAGUAUUAGUAAGUCACGCAUUAGAAGUUGCAACGAUAAAUUCGAUAGGCGAUUUCAUUUUAUUUUUGGGAAAAUGUUUAGUAACGGCCGUAACUGGAAUGGUGGGACUUUACUUUUUCCGACAAAAUCCCAAGUUGAAUUUUUUUGCUGCCCCAACAUUAAUUGUUUGUAUUUUCGCCUUUUUUGUCGCACAUUGCAUUUUAUCCUUAUAUGAGACUGUUUUAGACACUGUUUAUUUGUGUAAAUGUGAAAGUGGAGAUAACGUUGGCGAAGGUUUACAAAUGCAAAACUUGGAGGGUGUUACAAAUGGAACUCAAAAUCAAGAGUUGCAAUCUCGAUGAAAUUAAUUCAAAGAUCUGCUUUAUUUAUAAUCUAUUUUAUAUUUAAAACGAAUGUUGAUGUUAAAAUUA